AUGGAAAUAGCUGUCGUAGAAAAUGAUUAUGUUUUACCUACUGUCAUGUAUGAACAUGAUUGGAUUCAUAUCCUUUAUAUGGGUAUAUCGACUAUAUUCUUUUUAAUUCAAGUUUGUCAACGUAUUUCUGUAGAUCUAUUCUACUCAUCAAAUGAUCUCAAAACUGGUAUUUAUAUUGCAUCUCUUAAUCGAUAUCCGACUGAAUUAACUCCAUCACCUUCGAGUAUAUCAUAUAUAUGGUAUAUUGUUUUUAUUUGGCAGGCUAUAUUAAUUAUAUAUUCAAUAAUUGGUGUUUUUCGUCGAACAUCAUCAGGUAGUUAUUUCUAUCAACAUCCAUGUGCAAUGAAUAAAUGGUGUUUUUUCUAUAUGGCAUUUGGUCUUAUUUUAUAUACACCUCAAUUGGCAGCUGCUGCAAAAAAUAAAUAUGGAAUUGGAAUUUCAAUCUUUCGUCAUGUGGGUACAUUAUGUGAAGUACUUAUUAUUUUAGUUGUUGUUCAUGUAUCAUUAUGGGAAAAUUUAAACAAUUAUUUACGACAAAGAUUUUUUGUCGAUGUUUGGCUAACACGAUUAUUAUAUCAUAAUGGUUUAGCCUUAUGGGCAUCUGUUCUUUUCUAUGAAAGUUGUUUAUCAAUUGUUAUAGGUUUUAUUUAUAGUAAUUAUAUUUCACCAAUAACAGCAUCUUUUAUUGGAUGUUCUGUUCUUCUAUUUGGUCUUUUGAUACUUUCUAUUCUUGAAAAUAUAAUUUUCUAUAAUUCACUUGCAUUUACUUUAUCACCAUGGUUUGCUUUUAUAUGGCUUUUAGGAGGAAUUGUUUUCCGUCAACACGAUGAGUUGUCUUCAUCGAUCGAUGUCAUUUGUUUUCCAUUGAAUUUAUCUUGUCAACUAUUUUCAAAUCUAUCAUCAUAUCCAUUUCAAAUCAUUAACAACUCAAAUGUGACAGUAUAUUUACUUCAACUAUUAGUACAAUAUACUCCAUGUUGUUCUAAUUUAACAUGGUUAAUUACACAAAUGAAAUCCAAAAUGAAUUCUUUAAAUAUUUCUUCAAUUACUGGUCUUGCUCUUGAUAGUAACAAUAACAGAUUAGCUACAGUGGCUUCAUCAAAACUUCAACUUGUAUCUACAACAUCUUUUAGCUUCGUGAAUUCAAGUAUUAAUCUACCACCAGGAUCUCAAGCAAUUAGUUAUUCUCAAGAUUCUUUUUAUGUUGGAAUCUUUCCUGCUGCAACACCUUAUACACUUUAUGUUUAUUCAGCUUUAAACUUAACAAAAACUGGAAAUAUGAAUUUUACUCAAGGAGGACCACAACGUAUUAUUUGGCUUUUUAACAAUACACUUGUAUGUGUUCUUACACAAACGAAUCCAACGAGUGUUUCGAAAGCUAACUUUUAUAACUGGCCAUCAAAUACAUUAAAUCAAUCGAUUACACUUCCAAUACCGAAUGCAUAUGGUCUUGGCAAAGCAUCUAAUAAUGACAGCUUUGUUUAUAUUACUGAUGGAUCAUGGGGAGGUAAUAUUUGGCAGUUAAAAACUACUUCACCAUAUAAUUUUACAUUAUUUGCUACGAGUGCAACUAGUAGCGAAUCUCCAACAUCAGUGACAUUUGAUGGAUGUAAUCGUAUGUGGGCAGCAUUUGUUAAUUUUGGAGUUAGAAUAUAUGAUAUAAAUUCACGUUCAUUGUUAUAUGCAUGGAAUUUGACUUCAACUUAUUCAACGUUAUAUGAUAUAGUCAUUACAAAUCAAUAUCAGCUUUAUUUAGCCGAUAAAACUAGUGGUACAUUGGCUCGUUAUGGUUCAGAACUACAAUGUACAAACUAA